AUGACUUCAAUGUCACUGUCAGAGGAGGAUAAUAGUCCCUUUGACACCGAAAGCAGAUUUGUCAAUUUGCCCAUAAAUGAAACCGAAAGCGGCAACUCCUUGAACAAACAAAGCAACCAAACUAGUCUUCCCCACGAUAAGACACUCAACGAUAAUGCAACCCUGAAUCUUCACACUACUAAAUCAAGAAUCCAAUCGUAUUUGGACAAGUAUCCACAUUUACAUGCAGAAAUAUUCAAGACGGAGAAAACCUAUGAAACACAUGCAGGGAGAUCUUUUGUGCUAUAUUCAAUCAGACUGGAGGACAACUUAGUUGUGAAACGACGAUACAGUGAAUUUCAACUCCUCAGGAAUAUGCUAGUCAAAUCUCUUCCCACUAAGAUUAUACCGCCUGUUCCCAAGAAACAGUCUUUAAAAUCUAACCUGGCCACAAGCUCCAUUGCUUCGGUCAUAAGUGGAACAUAUCAAUCCUUACCCACCCAUUCAGCAAUCAAUGACACAACCGACUCCAGCAACUCAGGCGGGACUGAAAUGAUCUCAUUAAACUUUGGAUCAAAUUCGAAAAACUUUAUUGAACAGCGAAGAAGACUGCUGGAAGUGUUUCUCAAUCGCUGUCUAGAGAAUGACGAAAUACGACAUUGCCCUAUUUUUGUUUCCUUUUUGGAUCCCAAUUCAAGUUUCCAUGAUUAUCUCAAUAGUAUAGAUGGUUUGCAGUCGUGCUCUAUCUAUAGACUAUCUCCAAGAGACCCAAUGGCGUCACUUCAUGAUGAUAUGUACUUGACACUACCUGUACCCCACAAUUUACUUAACAUAAACAUUAAUAACGCCGGCAACUUUGAACCUACGUCGCUAGAUGUUUAUGAGAAUGAAGACGAGCGUGAGCAAAUGAAACUUUUCCUUCAAUAUCGUGCACAUUUCAGCCAAUAUGAAAUCAUACUCAAUAAUAUUAUCAGAUUAAACCGAAGAAUUUUGCAAGCCUCCAACGAAAACUCUUUGGAUUCCAAGGAAUUAGGAAUCCAGUUCAAUUCACUAUCCCUACUGCAAGACAAUGUAUUUCUGGAACACAUAGGAAGAGUGUUCGAUAGCAACUUUUUCAACCUUAGUGUUCUCACUAGCAUACUAAACUUGCAAUUCUUAGACAAGAUGAUUGAGCUGAAGAAUUUUAUCAAAGUAAUAAAACAAUUGAUGGAUUUCAAUCGCAAUAAAUUUAGUCAACUCAAAUAUAUCACAGACAAACUAGAAUCCAAAAGAGCCAGCUUGAACUCUCUUUUACAACAGGACAAAGAUCAUUCUACGCUGGAAGCGUCCGUGGCAAAUUUUGCUGCCACUACCAACAAUGAAGUUGAUGGAAGUAAAAUGCAUUUGGAUCAAGAAGCUCAGCCAUCUGAUGAUCCAAAAACGACCCAUCAUGGUACGAGUGACUCCCCUACGGAGGCAGAUUUGGCCGCAUCAAUAAACAAGUCUUUGAGGGAAUCUCGGUCAUGGAAAAUUCCUGGAUUGAAAAAACUGAAUAAAGUUUUAGUGUCUCUGACGGACCAUAAUAUUGAGGAGACUCGUCAUAAAGAGAUCCAUGACUGCAAAUUGAGAAUUAUGCAAUUGGAAAUACAACAACGCCUUAUCAAAGACGAUAACAGAUACAUCAAUAUUCAAGUUAUCAAAGAAUUGGAAUCUUUCCAUAUCUGGUUUAAAAAGGAGAUUCUGCAAUUGAUCAACCACUUCAAUAGACAGAUACAGGACUUCCUUUCUAAGAACUACGAAACAUGGCAGGAAAUAGCCAAAACCAGAGAAACCAAUUGA